GGGGCGGUGGAGCCCGUCAGCCCGUCCCACCGCCUUAUACGUCGGGUGGCUCCGCGGCACAGCCAGCGCCGCCCGCCAGCCCGGCCCGCCGCGGCCGCUGCGCUGCACAGCCCGUCUCGCCCGGCCCAAGGUUUUUCUCAGGCAUCAGGAAUGUCUUCUGAGCCCACUUCGUCUGCUUCGCAGCAGUCCCCCACCUCUCCAUCCUCACCCAGCUCUCUCCAUCUGCCUGAAAACCGCAGGGCGAGAGAUCGCUCCCCAUCGCCCAUGAGAGGGUACCUCAUCCCCAGUCCGCUGCCCACCCGACGGACCAGGACGUUUUCAGCAACUGUGAGAGCAUCGGAGGGUCCCAUCUACAAAGGCGUCUGUAAAUGCUUCUGUCGCUCCAAAGGCCAUGGCUUCAUUACCCCUGCAGAUGGAGGGCCUGACAUCUUUGUACACAUCUCUGAUAUCGAAGGCGAGUAUGUUCCUGUGGCAGGCGACGAGGUCACCUACAAGAUGUGCACCAUCCCACCGAAGAACGAGAAGCUUCAGGCGGUGGAGGUGGUGAUUACCCAUCUAGCUCCUGGAACCAAGCAUGAGACCUGGUCAGGGCAUGUCGUCAGCUCCUGAGGUGUCCCGGAGGGAGCGCGGCCGCUGCCUGCGUGGUCACUGCUCAACAACUGCCUGCAGGGGACCUGUCCUAAGAAUAUUCUACGUAUUGUGCGGGAGGAAAUACUGCAUUGUCAAUAAAGCAGAAGUAGGCCAAAAUUACCAUUUUUACGGCUGGCCUCAAAAAAAAAAAAACAAAAACAAAAACAGGCAAUUCAAAUGCUAAUGAAAAAAAUAUAUCGUAAUGUGUUUACAACAAAUGUAUUUUAAAGAGACCUAGUUUGUGUGCUUGGUGGAGGGGGGGAGGUUUGGUUUUUCUUUUCUGUUGUGAACUGAUUCCAGGAGAUGCCCAGGGGGACAGGGGAGAGGUUUGAAGGAGAGCUCUUCUGGUGCAGGCAGCCGUGGCAGAGGCACGACUCCGAGUCCCAGAGGUGUGCAAGCACCAUGUUCCCUUCAGCUGCCCUUCGGUAAAGGUUGGGGUACACUUAGUGCUGGUAACAGGGCCUGGGUGCCCUGUCUUGAGAGAGAGGUGUUCGUUGCUGCCGUUUGUUUUCCUCGUGGAAGGAAGUUCACAAACAGAGCAGCUGCCGCAGGGUGGAAAAUCUCCAUCUGGUGGUUACGCUCCCAUGGUCAGGGUUGGGUGCCCUUCAGGUGCACCAUUUGCAAACGGCAUGUCUGCAUAUGUCUGGGAUAUUGUGGUUUUAAAGCCUGGAUUGUUUGUGAAUUUACUUAGGUGCCUUGAUGGUUGAUUAGCAACAAAUUUUAUAGGCCAGUAUUAAAAAAGAAAACAACCCACAAACAAAAAAAA